GAGGAUAGAAUGAGUUCUGAACAAGAAAACCCACUUCAAGUGGUGGAUAUUAGCGAAAUCAACCAAAGAACUGCCGAUGAGUUAUUAAAUGCUGCAACAUCCCAAGGAUUUCUUUUCGUUGAAGGACAUGAAUUCACAGAAGAAGAAGUGGAUUUAUUAUUCAAAGUAUCCAAGGAUUUUUUCGCUCUUCCAGCGGAAUAUAAAGAGAAAUAUCCAAUCGAUAAUACCAAUCAUGGAUACACCAAUUAUGGAGGAGAAAAUUUAGAUCCAUCGCUGCAAAAACAAGGAGACCCAAAGGAAGCCCUUAAUUUUUGUAACUUAGAUUUCACUACUGGUGAGUCUAAAAGUAAAAUUCCCGACUGGUUCUAUGAAGAAGAAACUAGAUCCAAGUUAGUUGAAUCAGUUACUAAUAAAAUGUAUAAAUUAUCAAUCAAGAUAUUAGAAAUCUUAGCACUUGCUUUGAAAAUUGAAGACUCUGCCGUUUGUCCAGGUACUCAAUGGUUUAACUCUCGUUACCAACCUGAUAAACCUUCUGGAUCAACAUUUCGUUUCUUGCAUUACCCUGGCCAAAAGUCCUUAAACCCAGAAUCAGUAAUUCGUGCUGGUGCUCAUACCGAUUACGGUUCGGUUACUCUUUUAUUUCAACAAGAAAAUCAAGAAGGUUUGGAAAUUUAUUCACCAGUGGCUAAGAAAUGGCAACCAGUUCCUUACGUUUCUGCUAAUUCGGCCAAAUUCCCAGGUAUGUCUGCUCCCAUAGUAGUAAAUAUUGCCGAUCAGCUUUCUUAUUGGACCGGUGGGAUACUUAAAUCCACCAUUCAUAGAGUCAAAUUUCCUCAGAAAGUUCAAGAAACUGGCCAAGAUCGUUAUUCGAUCGUUUUCUUCUCUCAUCCUAAUGACGAUGCUUUAUUAGAACCAGUUCCUAGUGAAAUUGUUCGCUCAGUUAAAAAUAGGGGUGCAAAUAGUGCUACAAAUGUCAUAACUGCCAAAGAACAUUUGGAUAAAAGAUUAGCAGCCACUUAUGGAUGGUCCUAUUGAAAUAGUGUGUAUUAUAUAUUUGUAAAGUCUAAAUUAAUGUAUUUAUUGGUG